AUGCGACAAACAAAUUCAACACGCGACCCGCCAUGGCGAGGUCAAUCUCGCCGCCCUGUUCCCAAAGGGCUUGCUCGAGGAGAGCGUUUGUCGCGCUCCGCCUUUGCGAUUGCAGCAACUCCUGAAUGGGGAUGGGUAGGGACUGAGGUCAGUGCAGCAGAAGACAUUCGGCCGCAGCAUCGAGCAGCAGCAUGCGGAUUUCGAAAAUAUAUCUGCAAAAACCAACAUGCUCCUCGCACCAAUCCCCCUAAUGAAUCUGGUACGGAAGACGAUGUAGUGGUAAUAUCCAGUGACGAUGCACCAGAGUGUUCCAUCAAGUCUUGUAAGGCCAACCCGAAUUGUUGCAACCAUUUGGGACAGCGUACAUGGGAAAACGAAGCUGCAGCCCGUAAGUUGUACUUGGAAGCUGCAAGUCUUGGUGAGGAUCCCAGCACCUCUGCUAGGAAUCCGGGGUUGCCCGUGGGGCUAAAGCUUCGGUUUACCCAGGUCUGGUUUCAAGAUAUUGCUUUUCGAGCUGGUGUAUACAACUGUGACCCGGACUUAUCAUUGCUUCCUGGAAAAAGCGUAGAAGAAUCCCCUAUAUACCAACUUCAAGUGACUUUCGGUGCACUUCAACAUAGCAAAGAAAAAUCCUUUAACCCUGUCAAGCUUGUUGAGUGUCUGGGAAUUCGGGCGGGCGAGCAACAGGAUGCGCAAGAGUUCUCCAAGUUGUUCAUGUCACAUCUUGACAACGAAUUUAAGAAGCAGGACAAUACUUUGGUACAAUCCUUGAUUACAGAUCAGGUUGGUCGUUUAGCUUCGUCGGCCAAAAAUCCUCCAUUUGAUUUGCUCCAGUUUGAAGGUCGACAGGUAUAUGGAACUCGAUGUGUUACAUGUCAAAAUGCGUCUGAACACUCGUCGAAUUUCUUAGAGAUGGAAAUAAGCCUUACAUCAGACUGCAGACUUGAAGAACGCUUGAAGGCUAAUUUAGAGGACGAGAAGCUUGACGGGGACAACCGAUACGAUUGCUCGACCUGUGGGAGCAAACAGGACGCUUUCCGUUACUUGAAGCUGACGCACCUUCCUCCAGUUCUUCAUUUUUCAGUACUUCGCUUCGUGUUUGACGCGACCGAUUUCAGUCGCAAAAAAUCCAAGCACGCAAUCACAUUUCCCCAUUCGAUCAAUAUGCGCCCUUUUUUGAGUGAAGAGGGUACUGAAAUUUGGUAUGAUCUCCGUGGUGUUCUACUUCAUAGAGGUCCAAGUGCAUAUCAUGGUCAUUACGAGGCUCAGGUAUUUGACGUAACCCGGGGUAUUUGGUUUCAAUUCAAUGACGAGGAAGUGCGAGAGCUCAAGAUCGAGGAUCUUGUCGGAAAACAAACAAGUGGCGCCCCAAGGUCACAAGCUUCGAAAGACGCAUAUAUGCUGAUCUAUACUCAAAGAAAUGCUCCUUCUCCGGAUGCUUCGACUUUGAUUAUGCCAAAACACGCCUUCGACGCUGUUCAGCGACUUAACAAAGAGCACACCGACUCGUGUGACGCCUACUCACAAAGAAAAAAAGAAAUGGAAUCCGAGUUUAAUCUAAUUCGAGAACAGAAGAGGCAAAUAUAUCAGACUUGGCAAAUCUCGGAUGUUGACGAGGUUUCAAUGGUUCUCAGCAAGUCAUCUUUGGAAGGUUGGAUCUCAAAGGAAUUAGACAAGGCCACAUUUAGCCGCCCUGGUUACACGGUUAAGGAGCCCUCUCAGCCAACCAGCGCGAUUCCCUCCACACGACGUUCCCACUCAUCACCAAGCCCUCCCCCUCCUGACGAAAUUUUCCGGGUUCAAGAUGCGUCUUGCGACGCAUCUGAGGGUCGAAGCCCAUUCAACAGUACCGAGGCUCAUGCGGUUGAUAGAAUUCUAUGCGUUCACGGUUUACUAGACCCAGAGGCAUCGGGCAACAUGAAACGAAUACCCAUGAGUGCAUGGAAGAGCAUUCAGAAAAUUGGAAUCGAUGCCCAUGCUAUUGAAUCGAACCGGAUUUGUGAAGAUUGCACAGCAGCUUUGUUUAAUGAAAAGUUUUACACUAUACAACACGAUGACAUGGUUUCGCGAUUUGACGCAUGCAUGGGUCGGGAUAGGGGUACAGGGAAGGAGUGGUGGAUAUCCAAAUCGUGGCUCAAAGAUUGGAGGCUCAAGCGACCCAAGAUGCAUGUGACUGGUUGUCGUGACCCAAUGCCUGAUGUUUCCCGGUUCAGGUCAGAUCUAUAUUGUGAACAUGACUGCCUGACUCCUACCCAAAAGUUCAGAGAAAAAAUUAGCACCUCCGCUUUGGGCAUCCUUAAAGAAGCAUUUCCUGAAUUUCAGCCCCCAGAUACGGAGACUGAGAUAUGCACUAUCUGUGAAGCUGUUGCCGCGAACGACAAGGAGGCAACUAGAGAGGCAAGGGCCAAAGCAGAGGCCGAAGACCUGCAGACACGUUUAAUGGCGUUGUACCGACGCGAGUUUUUUGGUGGCUUCAAGGUUACGAGGCUCGUGGAAGACUGGACUUACGUUAUCCUACCGCUAUCAUUUGUGACUCAGUGGCGCGCGUGGCUGGCGAAACCGUUGGUUGCCCCUCGUCCUGGUCCGAUUACCAACGAUGACUUUAUCUGCGAACAUGGCGGUCUUGUCAUCGAUCUAGCGGAAGAAAAGGAAGUAGAUGGUAUGAUUUGUACUGCUUCAGUGAGCGACUGGGAGGUUAUAAGUGAGCUCUAUGGGGGCGGGCCCUAUAUUGAAUGUUCUUUGUUAAAACCGGAUGACCACACUGGUGAACUCAGACUCCAAUCGAACCCACCUCUCUGCCAAGAUUGUCGGAAGACAAGGCUUUCCAACUAUGACGAUGCAAAAAUUAACAUCUACCGUCUUGUCGACGGGGAACCACUUCCGGAUGUAAAUGAAGCUGCCAAGGAACCUGCUCAAGAGAAGACCCAAGUCACUAACUCCGACGUUAUCCACAUAGAUGAUACAGACGCCGAGAGCCCGACGCUUAGUGAUUCGAGCCCUCCUGCCCGAGCUCCAGGGAAUAGGAAACGGCCGAAACCGGUGACAACUUAUGCUGGACAGCGCAGGUCCAAACGAAUCCGAACAGCAACUACACCCAAGAAAGGGAAGACAUUCUUCAUCCACGUGAAUAAGGACGACACGAUUCGCGACGUGAAGCGCAAGAUUCAGGAUGCCGAGGACAUCGCGCCGUUCUACCAACAACUGUAUCUUCAUGGUGUUGAGCUUAUCGACGAUACUCGGACGCUAUUACAAACGGGGGUUCUGCGUACUGAUUGCUUAGUUUUACGUGCUAUUGAGGCAAUGGAUGAGGACGAGGCAAUAAAUUGGGCCCUCACAUCUGGCGAUGUGGAACCAAAAACAGUGCGAUCCCGAGAUGAGGGACGCGCUUUUGGCGGAACUCUACUCGGAAACACUUACGUCGCCCCAGUUGGUACCACCCCUUCCACUGAACAAUGCAUAUCAGCUACUACGGCUACUACAGCUGGUACGGCCAUCACCACAUCUCUACCAGCUCUUAAUGGUACCCCAGGACCCAGCCCAACAAAGGGAAACGACAACACUGAAGACCAAGAUAUGCUCUCGGUACCUUCAACUGUUUCUGAUGGAAAUAUAGACUUAGAUAGUAGAUUGGCACAAGAAUUAGCGUCCGAGGAUACAGAUCCCUCUUUUCUGUUCUUGGAAGAUGAUGCAGGAGCCGCCGGUAUUUCUUGUGCAUCAUGCACAUACCUCAAUCAUCCCGGGUUGAAGUAUUGUGAAAUGUGCGAGACGGAACUGGCCCAAGAGCAGUGA